AUGGAUACAAUAGACGCAUCGUCUUGUGCUCGUGAAGAAAUUUCAACAGAAACAAUCAUUCAAAAUAAUAUUGCAAUUCGAAAUUUGCAAUUAGAUGAUUUAGUUUAUUUGGAGAAGGAUUUGGAUUUCUAUGAAAAGGUGUCAUUAAUGUUUUUGUUGUGUGCUAAUGACCGAAAUCAAUACAAAGUAAUUUUGCCACAGCUAUUGGUGCUAUCGUUUGAUAAGUCGAAGGAAACCGACCUUUUAAGAACAUGGGCCAAGGAUAUUGGGGCUGAUUGGAAGAAUAAUCUACUCGAAGCGAUUUGCUUAAUUCAGGUAAAAUGCGUCGUUCACAAACUAGGGCUGGACUAUUCCGAAUUGCAACAACGUUUUCUCCCAACAAACCAUUACACUGCGUCACACAUUCAUGUGAUUGUCAAGGUGCUCUAUUAUGUUUGCGAACAAUUGACAGUAGGACAAAGCAAAAAACUCAUUGAUUCUAUGCAACAAAAGUACCCGAGUAUUCGGAAUUUUAUUUACUCAGACAAUGGGGAAUGUUUGGAAAUUUAUCUGAUGAAUUGGCUGUGGGAAAAUUUAAUCGACAUUGGACAAACUAACAGCUCGUUACAUGACCAAGCUAGUAAUUUGCCGUGCAAUUUAGUGCCGAUCAUCCAAUGGCUGAAAGAGAAUGAAUUCGAUUCACUCAAAGACAUCGUUAAGAAUGUCACAAAGCAAUUCAAUGGCAAAAUGCAAACCGAUGACAAACAAGCGACAACCGUUGAAGAAACAUCACGACCAUUCGACAGUCUACGUUUGUCGUCAGUGCCCGAGUCAAAAACGGUCUAUCAAAUUCGAAAGGCAUCGGCUGGAAUUAUAUUGAUUAUAAACCAAAAAAGCUUCCAUUUCGAUACAAAUCCAGCGUUCAAAGAAUUUUUACCGAAACGUCGAUUGGAAACACGUCAUGGUACCGAUCGUGAUGCUGAGGCUUUACAGUAUGUUUUCAGACGCUUUGGCUAUGAAACACGCAUAAAAACCAAUCGUUUGCAUACGGAGAUUCUGAAUGAUGUUCGAGACACUAUCAACGAAAGCAUCGAAUACGAUUCAGUUAUCAUUUGUGUGCUGUCGCACGGGUACAAGGGUAUUGUUUACGGUGCAAACAGCGUGCCAGUUAAAAUAGAGGACAUUGAAAAGCUAAUCAUAUCGGAUCGAUUGAUCGGAAAGCCGAAAAUACUUGUGGUUCAAGCGUGUCAAGGAGAAGAGACGCAAAGAGCUAAAGAGAUUGAUUAUCUCAGCCAUGACGGUCCAUCGAAUACAUUUCCGGUAUAUAGUGACUUUUUGACUUGUGUGUCAACGGUUCCGGGAUUCACAUCGAUUCGUCACACCCAGGAUGGAUCCUGGUUCAUACAGACGCUAUGCGAUAAACUACGGCAGUUUGCUGAUCAAAAACAUUUUGUCGACAUUUUAACGGUGGUAAUUCGUGAGGUGUUGAACAAACGUGGUAGAGAUAAUCAAUGUAUGGUUCCAAUAUUCCAUUCAACCCUACGGCUUGAUCUCUAUUUCCCGAGCGCCAGUUGAAAGCGAGUCUGUACAUUCCAUUGGCAUUUAUCAAAUGCCUCCGAAUAAGUUUGUGAUCGAAAUAGUUAAGCUAUGUAGCUAAAAAUAAAGUGUUUUGGCAUUUUUUUCGCGAUAAAUCAAUUUUUGCUCGUUUUAAUUACAUGAUUGAAAGACAAAUUUGCAUAAAUCGAUUGGAUAAAUUAAUAAAUAAUUGCUCUAA